GCAUGACACUCUAUCGCUUUACUCCAGUGCCGGGCUUGGACUUGGUUCUUAUCCAAAUAGAACCAGUAACCAUCUGCGACCGAGCCAUAUCUUAAGAAAACCUUCCAACUCUAACUGCCAAUCGGUCGGAAGUUGAAGAAUUACACAUCUAUCACCACUCACCCUCUCAACACAUAUAAAUAAUUAUCAACAACAUGCACGGCAAACGCCAUGAUGCACCUGCAAACAAGAGCUUCUCCAAGAGUCACAGAGUGAGUAAAUCAAGUGCUUCUUUCAGCAAGAGCCAUGGCAUUACCAAGACUCGGCACGAUUCCCGCCGUCGCUUGACGACGUCAAUGUCCCAACACAUAGAUGAGAACAUGUCACCUGAAAGUAACAUCACUCCAUCCAUCGUGACCCUCAUCAUCGGUCGGGACCAGCGAAUCUUUGCAGCUCACGAAGACGUACUCUGUGCAUCGCCAUGGUUCCAGCAGGCUCUGACUGAACAAUACAUGGAUCCGCAACAUGGCAAACGUGUGCACCUACCAGACGAUGAGCCGGAGAUCUUCUCGUCCGUCCUAGAGUAUCUCUACAAGGGGGACUACUACCCGCGGUUAGUCCAUAACAAGCGUCGCAACUCGUGGGAGAUUGAGCAGAUUGAUGAGGAUCGGGGAUCUACUGAAUCUACCGUCUAUCACCAUGCUGUUGAUGGCGAUAUAUUGAAAGACACCGUCAUCUAUUGCACGGCGGAUAGGUAUGGGCUAGAAGAGCUCAAGCGUGUGGCGCUACGCAAGCAAGGCCUUCAGUCUGGAAUCCAGUGCAGCACCAUACUAGCCUCAGCUCGCUAUGCAUACGCUAAUACGCCCGACACUGACUCUAAGCUAAGGGCGCAUUAUCUCGCUCUCAUUAUCCGCAGUCGCAGCACUUUCAAGCGCAGCGGCACCAUGCAACUAGAGAUGUAUAACGGCGGGACACAGCUGUUCUUUGAUCUCUUCGUCGCUCUAUGUAAUCAUGUGGACGACGUCUCCAGUGCUUCAAACACACCGCGGAGCAACCGCCACUUCUUCUAGUCGCUCAUUUGUCCAUUCCCUUUGUCCGUGUGAUGUCGUAUUUCCUUUAUCGGGUUUCAUUCCAUCUAACACGGACCUAUCAUCGCCAUCUAUGCUGCUGGCGACAAACUUAAUGAUCAACGUUAUGCUCUUUUCUUCCUUCUUUGCCCUCAUUCCUAGCUUCUCGUUUUUUGAGCUAGGGUCGAUGGGACUUGCUUGUUU